GUCAUUCCGAACAGUUACAAUGAUCUGAACAGGAAGAAGUGCUCUAACACUCUGGAACGAUGGGAUCUAAUAAUUUGUGUCUAUUUUUAGUUAUCUGUGCGACGUUUUUGUCAGUUGACAAGGUCACAGGAUACGAUAUAGCACCUGCUGUGGAGGACAAAGCAGAAUGCUUUCUGUAUCGUUGGGUCGCCUGGGAUAACAUUGAUAAAACCAACUGUACAGGCCGUAAAAAUGUCCCUUGCAUCGAACCUCUGAUCAAUUCAACUGACACAUUACCAAACUCGACGGAUCUAUGGGUGAAUCGUGAUAAAAAUCCUGAAAACUACUUUUGUACUGGCGAGGCUGGCAAUAGCUGCGUGAAAUAUACGUAUUUCUACGACAACAAUGUUGUUAACACUUCGUCGUUCUGUGGGAAAGUGAUAGAGGAUAAUUCGGUUCCAGUGGUAUCGGGAUGCUAUCAACAAAACGUGAAUGGGUUCGUGAUUGAAGUGUGUGUCUGCCCGCCGCGACUGAAUCAGGAACCAUGCAACACCUCGCCGGAUAUAAAAUAUUCUAUUAGCUUGAUUGCUCUAACGGUUCUGUUCAUGCUCGUCAGUUACGUUUAA